UGUCAUGUCGUCUGCGUCCUCUCUUGGCUGACUUUUACCUUUUUCCUCUCUCUGGAAACUGGAGCCGGAGCGCAGCGCAGAGAGGACAGGAGAGGAGAGCGGACCUCUUUCUGCCAGAGACUGGACAAACUGGGACAGAGAGCGGCCACUCAGAGGCUUCUGUCAACAUUUUUAAACUUAAAUUGAAUUAGAUUGGGUCCGAAAUGACUGGGAGCUGUUUGUGGACGGCCGGGCUGCUUCUUCUCGCCGUGUACGCGAAGGUUGCUGUCUUGGCUUCAGAUGGAGAUGCAGUCUUCAUUAGGGAGUUCACUUUAAUUCGACGAGAUCACCUUUCAGAGGAGCCUCUCCAUGACAGCAGCCAAAAGCCAGAAGACCCGAGCUCUCGGACGGCCCGAUCAGAAGAGGACAGGGACACGCUGUGGGAUGCCUGGGGCUCGUGGAGUGAAUGCUCACGUUCGUGUGGCGGCGGAGCCUCCUACUCCCUCCGACGAUGCCUCAGCUCCAAAACCUGUGAGGGGCAGAAUAUCAAAUAUCGCACAUGCAGUAAUGUGGACUGCCCUCCAGACGCUGGUGACUUCCGGGCCCAACAGUGUUCAGCUCAUGCAGAUGUGCGAUACCAGGGUGAGUUCCACGAGUGGCUGCCAGUGUACAACGAUCCAGACAACCCAUGCUCUCUCAAGUGUAAAGCCAAGGGCUCGGACCUCAUGGUGGAGCUGGCGCCAAAGGUGCUGGAUGGAACACGCUGUUACACCGAGUCUUUGGACAUGUGCAUCAGUGGAAUUUGCCAGAUUGUAGGCUGUGAUCAUGAACUGGGAAGCACGGCGAAGGAGGACAACUGUGGCAUCUGCAACGGAGAUGGCUCAUCCUGCAGACUUGUGCGAGGGCACUAUAAAUCCCAGCAUGCUUCAGGGAAAACUGAGGACACAGUGGUGGUCAUUCCUUAUAAGAGCCGUCUUGUACGUCUGGUCCUGAAAGGCCCGGAUCACUUGUAUGUGGAGAGUAAGACUCUACAGGGGGUAAAAAGUGAACUGGUGCUGGACAAAUCAGGGCAGUACCACCUGGAAAACACCACCUUGGAGUUCCAGAAGUUUUUAGAUAAAGAAGUCCUGAGAAUCACUGGCCCGCUCGGAGCUGAUUUCACUGUUAAAGUGCAUUUUGUCAGUGGAGCAGACAGCAUGGUCCAGUACAUCUACUAUCAGCCCAUCAUCCACCGCUGGAGAGAGACUGACUUCUUCCCUUGCUCUGUGACAUGUGGUGGGGGUUACCAGUUAACCUCUGCUGAGUGCUUUGAUCUACGGAGUGGUCGGGUAGUUGUGGACCAGUAUUGCCAGUAUUACCCAGAGAACGUCAAACCAAAACCCAGACUGCAGGAGUGCAAUAUGGAGCCUUGCCUGGACAGUGAUGGCUACAAGGAGAUUAUGCCAUACGACCUUUACCACCCCCUGCCUCGAUGGGAGAGCAGUCCCUGGACGGCCUGCUCCACCUCAUGCAGUGGGGGCAUCCAGAGUCGCUCGGUAUCAUGUGUGGAGGAAGAUAUGCAGGGAAACAUCACUCCCACAGAAGAGUGGAAGUGUCUCUACUCCACAAAGACCGCUAUUCUGCAGCCCUGCAAUGAUUUUGAUUGCCCCACCUGGUUGGCACAGGAGUGGUCACCUUGCACGGUGACCUGUGGUCAGGGCCUGCGCUACAGGGUGGUGUUGUGCAUUGAUCACCGAGGACUCCAUGCAGGAGGCUGCAACCCCACCACCAAACCCCACAUCAAGGAGGAGUGUCUGGUCACAGUGCCCUGCUACAAAUCCAUAGAUACACUACCUGUUGAGGCGAAACCUGUAUGGCAUAAGCAGGCAAUACAGUUGGAGGAAGAAGUGACUGUGACCGAAGAACCGACCUUCAUUUCUGGUCCCUGGCAGCCCUGCAGCAGGACAUGUGGCAUUGGGACACAGCAGCGGACCAUCAAAUGCCAGGUGUUGCUGUCCUUCUCCCAGACUGUUGCUGACCUGCCCGAUGAUGAAUGUGAGGGGGACAAACCUUCUUCGAGCCAGCCUUGCUAUCGCACUCCCUGCUCUGGGGAAUUGGGUCAUGGAGGAGAAAGCAGAGAAGGGGAGGAGGAGGAAGGGAAGAUGCUACAAAGAGAGGAACUACAUGACUGGGAAUAUGAAGGGUUUACAGAGUGCUCAGAAAGUUGUGGUGGAGGAGUGCAGGAAGCUGUGAUCAUCUGCCUGAACAAACAGACGAGGGAGGCGGUGGACCAAAACUUGUGUGUGAGCUCACGCCGGCCCCCGCAACUCCUCCAGGAUUGCAAAACUCAUCCCUGUCCACCCAGGUGGGAAACAGGGGAGUGGAGUUCAUGCUCUACAACGUGUGGGGUGGGCCUAAUGACACGCACUGUUGCGUGCACUCAUCGGCCCUCUCGAGACAGCAACCACACUGCAGUUUUAAGGGAUGCGGACUGUCAGAAGCCCAAACCUAGUCCUGUCCAGGCCUGCAACCGCUUUGACUGCCCUCCUAUGUGGAACACACAUGACUGGGGACAGUGCUCCCAGACCUGUGGUGGUGGAGUUCAGAAGAGACGUUUGUUGUGCAAACAGCGGUUGGCAGAUGGCAGCAUCCUGGAGCUGCCUGACACCUUUUGCCCUUCAAGAAGCCCCGCAAACCAGCAACCUUGUGGCAAGCAGGAUUGUCCACCUCAGUGGGUCACGACUGACUGGUCCCAGUGUUCAGUGACCUGUGGAAAUGGUGUUCAAACUCUGCAAGCUGUUUGCAAGAAGCAGGGAAAGAAUGGACGCUAUUUGGCUAUAGACUCCAAGAACUGUUCCAUGAUGAUCCGGCCUAUCAGAAUCAGGCCAUGCUUUCUCAGACACUGUAAAAACUUGCUGAAGCCUGAUACCACCAUACUGGCCCAGAGGAGGGUUUACAUCCAGUGGAGGAAGGGCAAAAAGAUCCAAUUAGUUGUCGGAGGGUAUGCAUACCUCCUGCCGUGGACAACUGUUGUUCUUCGCUGCCCAACUCGCCACUUUCGCAAAGGCCACAUUCAUUGGCUGAAAGAAGGGAGGCCCCUGGUAAACCUCCCACACCUCUCCAUAAAACCACAGGGAUAUGUGAAGAUUCAGCAGGUUCGGUCAUCUGAUGCUGGGAUUUACACAUGCAUAGCAGGCCAGGUACGAGAACAUUUUGUUCUACAAAUCAUUGGCAGCAAGCAAAAGCUCUCAGUUCCACAGUCGUGGCUUCUUGAAAGUGGACAUAAUAAGGCUGGUAGGUCAGGUGUUACUUCACUCGAGGGAAGAUUUCAGGAGCUACCAAUGCCCCUUAACCAAUAUGACAACCUUGUAGAGCGUUUGCUUGAACUUAAAGGCUCUGUGCAUGAUGAAGAGUACCUUGCAGAUAAACCUCAAUCAAGUGAAAAAAACAGAUCAACUCCAGAGGAUGAGAGGCCAAGCAAAGACUUUGUCAUGCCAGUCAUGCUCAUUGUUGAUAGCCACAGGCUAGAUGAGAUCAUGCACAACCUCUCUGAAGGCCUUGGAGGACCACGGGGGGAGCAACUCAUCACUCAGUUGCUGAGUGAGCUCACUAUGUUACAAGGAGAAACCAAUGAGUCUACCCUUCACCCUCCGGAAAGUGCAGAAUCUUCCACACAAGGACCAUUCCUUCACAAGCCAAGCAUCAAAGCCCACACAUCCAGAGGCAGAAGCCCAGUAAUAAUCCAGCGGCCGAAGAAGGUUGGUGUGGUGCCACAAUCUGAAAUGAUUGUAUAUGUGGGAGGGCUAGUUUUGCUUCAGAAACCAGUUGUCAAUUUGGAACUACGGUGUGAGGCUCUGGGGGACCCUCAACCAUCCAUAACAUGGACUAAAAAUGGAAAACAGUUGCACUUCAGUAGCAGCAGGGUAGGCCUGUUGUCCACUGGCUCAUUAAGGAUACGGUCUCCAGGCAAAGGGGAUGAGGGUUUAUACACCUGUACUGCCAGAAACCGUCUUGGAAGUACAUCUCUAUCAUCUUGGCUGCAAGUUGCAAGUGGCAAAGGAAGAACCUGUGUCCAUAGUAACAACAUGGGAGGAAGUGGUCCUGCUUGUUUUGAGAGGACCAACAGCAGCCAGUCAGCCCAGCUGUGCCAAGGACAAGCCUGCCCCCUCAGAUGGAGAGUGGAUGCUUGGUCACCAUGCUCAGUCACUUGUGGGGGUGGAUCCCAGUCCAGGACUGUCCGCUGCAUGAAGGGUGCUGAAGGAAGUUCUCAGGAAGUACAGAGCAGAUACUGUCUUGUAGCAGGGAGGAGACCCUCAAAUACCAGACUGUGCAACAUUCUGCCUUGUGCCAGAUGGGCCACGACCUCUUGGGGCCUAUGUCACGGCCAGUGUGUGGGUCCAAGUUUGGCUACGCAGCACCGAUAUGUUUAUUGCCAAGAAACAAAUGGUACCAAAGUGCCCUCCAGAAUGUGCUUUGGACUCAGGAGGCCGAGCUCCCUAAAGAACUGCACCACAGAGGCAUGUGCCCUCCAUUGGCACGUAGGACUGUGGACACAGUGCACUGCCACCUGCGGACGGCAUGGCUUCCAGUCACGUCAGGUGACCUGCAAGCACCAUCGCACUGGCAAGGCCACAAGAGAACAUCACUGCAUGUGGCGGCCUCGCCCUCCCAGCUGGCGACGAUGCAAUAUUUUGUCCUGUGGCAGAGCAGGAGAAUGUCAAGACAGUACAAGAUACUGCGAGAAGGUUCAACAGCUCGAGCUCUGCCCUCUGCCUCAGUUUAAGAGUCGCUGCUGUUACUCCUGCCGAAACACCUGAGCCGGUGGACCAUGAGACAAAGCUUGUGGGAAAACCUGGAUAGGUCGGGGAAGGUGCCUACAGAGACUUGAAACCUCUAAUCCCCCAUCCUAAUGCUCAGCACUGCCUCCAUUGACCAGUCUUGGAUGAGAAUAGCUGAAUAUGGAAGAAAAUUUACGUUUUUUAUCAUACCCAAUGUGGUUGUGAUCUUCUUCUCCUCAAGGAUGCCGUUUGUGGGUUUGAAGUUGAAAGUAUUGUUUCAAAAUGAAAGACACGUCGGCUAAUGAAACUGUCAAUUUCACUCAUUUUUACCCUUUCUUUUUUCAUUUCAUUUCUGAAAGUUUUUAAUACGCCUUUCUUUUCCAAAUUGUGUAAGCUUCCGUUGUAAGCAUAAGAAACUUGGUGACCACAUUGUUUCUGAAACAGGAACUUAUGGCACUAAAACGUUGACUAAUUACUCCCCCACACAAAAGGAAUAUGGUGUAACUUUAGGGGUUUUCAAUGUUGACAGAGCUGAACACCAUUACCUAUGGUAGCACCAGCACAAAACAGGAGAGGGUAUCAUAAAAGAAUGGCUCACUCAAUUAAAAAAAAAACAAAAAAAACCCAACGUAAUUUAUGGACUUUUCUUAAUUUAAUCAACCACAUGCCCAAGAUUCCUGGGUAAACCCAUGAAUUUGUGAUAACCACUGGAUAGUUGUGUGUUUCUCUUUAUUGGAAACAAUAAUGUUAGGCAGAUUUGAUAGGGGAGUUUUGCAUGAGGAGAAGAAUGAAUGAUGCUGCUAAUAAAGAAGAAAUGGCUAAAAGCCUAAUAUUUAAAAAUACAUUUGGCAUCAGCAACUGGGGAAAUAAAUCAUGGGCCGUGUUACCAUUUUGGGAGACGGGACGAAAGCAGAGUUGCAGGUGUUUGACCACAGGUUCAUGUCAGAAUAUAAAGGGGGACAAAAAAAAUAAUUUACGUGCAUUGGUUGCACUAAAGGAGGUGACUAAAGCAAAUAAUAUUUGGCGAAAAAGACACUUGUGUUGCACUCAGAACUCAUCAAAGUCUUUGUUAAGAACAUGGCUUGCAGAGUUUUUUUUAAGUUAAAUUGUGUUUAUAGUUUUUUGUUUUUGUUUUGUUUUUUCUUUUUUUUUGGCUUUUUUUGUGAUAUUUCUUGAAAAGUUUGUCAAAAUUUCCUUUUAACCACUUUAAGUGUGACAUGAGCAUAGUUGUUCCCCAGUGAUCUAAUAAAGACCACCCAAUUACGUUUUCUUUAGUGAAAAGAGAAACCAUGUAUUCUGUUUUAUAACUUUUCAUCCUUGGACAGAUUUCUGCAUUACUAACUAAAAUGUACACGUGACUUACCAUCACGUUCACAUGCUGGUCAAUAUCAUAUAGAAAUGUAUAGAGGUCAUUAAUAACUUACCAUACUUACAUUCAUGUAACAGAUAAGCAGGGUUUGCACUUCUAAUUUUAUGAUGUCCUGGUUCUGCAAUGACUCAUUAUCUGCAGUAGCUUAGCUGGAGGCUACACCAGGUCUUUCAUUGAGAUGUCAAUAUUUCAUACCAGAAGAAAAAAAAUAUUGUUUUACAUAUUACUUGUGCUCUUAAGUUAUGUAGAUAUUUGUUUCAGUCAUUUUUACUAUUUAUUUUCAUGAGUUUUUUUGUGCAUAGUUUUGUAAAUUACUACAAUGGUGGGAUUUUAAGCAUUUGUUUCCUUGCAGCUGAUGGUAUUUAAUGUCCAUCCAGGGGGAACCCUCUGCAGAGGAUUUCAUGUGUUGCUUUCUGCUCAUGCCUGGUUU